UUCCUCAACCAUGAGUCCGGCGUGAGCACAGCCGAAGGCGCACAGGCAUCUCCAUGGUGCAGGACGGCGGCAUGUCACGCACACCUUACAGCUCCAGCCAAGACAUCCAGAUGGAGGUCUUAGACAACCCGGGCCUCCAGGGGAAAUAUAGCAAAAGGAAGAAUCGCUUCAAACGCUCCGAUGGCAGCACCUCCUCUGACACAACUUCAAACAGUUUCGUCAGGCAGGGUUCUGCAGAGUCCUACACCAGUCGCCCAUCUGAUUCUGAUGUGUCAUUGGAAGAAGACCGCGAGGCCCUGCGCAAGGAAGCAGAGCGGCAAGCCCUCGCGCAGCUGGAGAAAGCCAAGACCAAACCAGUGGCAUUUGCUGUGAGAACAAAUGUGGGCUAUAAUCCAUCUCCCAAUGAUGAUGUACCAGUCCAAGGCAUGUCUAUUUCCUUUGAACCCAAAGACUUCCUUCAUAUCAAAGAGAAAUACAACAAUGACUGGUGGAUUGGACGGCUGGUCAAAGAAGGCUGUGAGGUUGGCUUCAUCCCCAGCCCUGUCAAGCUGGAGAACAUGAGGAUGCUACAGGAGCAAAAGAUGAGGCAACACCGGCUCAGCUCCAGUAAAUCGGGAGACAACUCCACUUCCAGCCUGGGAGAUGUAGUGACCGGUCCCCGGAGACCUACUCCACCUGCCAGUGGUACCUUGGACAUGACUAACUUAGUUUAUGACCCAGACGCCCUUGACUUAGAGGAGGAGGAGGAGGAGGCAGCAACCGAGGAGAACCACCGAACCCCUAAGACUAGUGUUAGCAGCGUUACCACGCCCCCCUCCACCACCAAGCGUAUCCCCUUCUUUAAGAAGGCGGAGCACGUGCCCCCAUACGAUGUGGUUCCUUCCAUGCGGCCAAUCAUUCUUGUAGGCCCAUCCUUGAAAGGGUAUGAGGUGACGGACAUGAUGCAGAAAGCCUUGUUUGAUUUCCUGAAACGCCGAUUCGAUGGCAGAAUAUCCAUCACACGUGUGACAGCUGACAUUUCCUUGGCUAAGCGCUCAGUCCUCAACAACCCUAGCAAACACACCAUCAUUGAGCGCUCCAGCACCCGCUCUAGCCUGGCUGAAGUGCAGAGUGAGAUUGAGCGCAUCUUUGAGCUGGCCCGCACCCUGCAGUUGGUAGCCCUGGAUGCAGACACCAUCAAUCACCCAGCUCAACUGUCGAAGACCUCAUUAGCACCAAUUAUUGUCUAUAUCAAGAUAUCUUCCCCUAAGGUGCUGCAGAGAUUGGUGAAAUCUAGAGGCAAAUCCCAAGCCAAGCACUUGAAUGUGCAGAUGGUGGCAUCGGACAAAUUGGCGCAAUGCCCCCCAGAGAUGUUUGACAUUAUCCUGGAUGAAAACCAGUUGGAAGAUGCCUGCGAGCACCUGUCUGAGUACCUGGAAGCCUACUGGAAAGCCACACAUCCUCCCAGCAGCAACCCACCCAAUCCGCUGCUGACCCGCACCAUGGCAACUGCUGCCCUGGCUGCCAGCCCCGCCCCGGUCUCCAACCUCCAGGUACAAGUGCUGACCUCACUCAAGCGCAACCUGGGGUUCUGGGGCGGGAGGGGCAGCCUGGACCAGGGGCUGAGUGGAGCUGUCCGGGUGGAGGAGCACGAGUUGUAGCC